AUCCAACGGCCAUCAUUAAACCUAGAUGGUAAUUAUUACAUCACUGGCUCACUGCCCAACUGUGAACUGUCAACAACCUCCUUGUCUAUAAAUUAUAAUGGAAACUGGAAUCGGCAAGAAGUCGCAAUUCCAACGAAUCAAUGAGGAUAUUUCAGUAAUUUCAAAAUCCACCGCGUCUACAAAAUUCCUCAUCUCCGAGACUCCUCCGACCCAUUCAACUAAUAUUCGUCGCUCGGCCUUUUCCAGAACCAGAGACAGAGCCUCGAAGCAAAGAAUUGAAGGAGAGAGAGAGAGAUGGCAGCUCAAGCAAUCGAGAAGUACAGAGAGAACGCAGAGAUCUACAACGGAAAGGCCCUCUGCAAGGAGAAGUCGCGGCAGCUGCUGGAGGAGAUUGCGCUGCCGAAGGGUCUGUUGCCGCUGGAAGACAUGGAGGAAGUUGGGUACAACAGGGAAGCCGGGUUCGUGUGGCUGAAGCAGAAGAAGAGCACCCAGCACAGCUUCAAGCGCAUCGGGAAGAAUGUGUCGUAUGGGACCGAUGUUACGGCCUUCGUGGAGAACCGUCGGAUGAAGAAGUUGACUGGGGUCAAGAGCAAGGAGCUCUUGAUUUGGGUCACCAUCGCCGAAAUCUACAUCGACGAUCCCGCUUCCGAUAAGAUCACUUUCAAGACGCCGGCCGGGAUCUCCCGUUCGUUCCCCAUCUCUGCUUUCGAGCUCGAAGAGGAAGAAGAGAAGAAGAAGGAAGAAUCCGGCAAGAACUGAACUGAAUUGCUUCUAAGAAUUGUAAGGGAGUUGUACUUUCUAUUGAUGGGAUCUCUACUGUUACUCUGUGUAGAAGGCCGAUAUAAUUAAGAAGGAGAAUAAAGAAUAAAAAAAUCAGGUUCGGUUUUCCUAGAUUACCCUUACUUUUAUAUAUUGGAGAAACUAAUUACACUUUAAA